CACCUGAUGUUGUGCAGCAAAUACUUCUUCAAAACGAAUGCAUCUGAGAAGACAGACCCACCGUUGGUGCUCGUGUGUUCACGUUUCUGGACCCGAAGGCAGUUCCUGGGUGAGGUUUCGACGGCUUGUACUGAACCAUACUGCCGCAUCCCGAGCUUUUCCCAAGCCCAGUCCAAAUACUCCAAGAAGUAUUAGUGUGUAGUUCUCGUGUCCGCCAUGAACAGGAGACUGAAAGCUGCGAGUGACGAGGCCAGAAGAGGGUCUGUGUUACUGGAAGUUCUUCUUCUACUUGUCAUGGUCACAUGGGGAGCAGGUCAGUGAUCGGAUGUCCAUCACAGCAUUGGACAUUAAGGACUAUUCUCUCAGCCCUUCUCUGACAGCUCGUGGUAACUCCACUCGCGGCCCUCGACCAACAGCAAGCCAGCCUGGUGGCCAACGGCCUACAGUAAGCAAGCCUGCUGGUCCACGGCCCACAACAAUCCAGCCUGCUGGUCCAUGGCCCACAAUAAUCCAGCCUGCUGGUCCACGGCCCACAAUAAGUCAACAGUUAGAGCAACGGCCCACCACAAACCGUGGCAAUCAACCCUCUGGUUCCCGCGGGUCCACGCCGGACGUCGAGCAGUUGUCGGUCAAACCGGCUUCCAAGAGCCGAGUCGAUGGCUGGGUCAUCGGCGGUAUCAUCAUGUGCUGCGUCAUCCUGAUCCUGUCGUUCGUCAUGUACUGCCUCAUCCGCAACAAAUGUCGGCCGCGCAGCAGCAGCGGCGAUACAGUCGACCUGGAGUCGACCAGACAGAGCGGUCAAGGGAAUGACGACAGGCUUGGGCGCUGCACCAGCAACGGCGUUCUCAACGGCUCGGCGGCAACGUCUAACAUAUCGAACCGAGACCCCACGCCAUUGCUCACCGCUGCCGUGACCCUUGCCGAGGGGCCUCCUACUUACGUCUCCCUGAAUUACCCUCCGCAUGAGGUCGCCAGGGAGUCUCGCUCCCCAUCAGCUGAAGACCUCCAUCAAAGUUCUGAUGACGCUCGGGGUGAGGUUGUUGUCAGGGAAGCAGGAUGGCGCCCAUCGAUUUUAAGGUCAAUGAGUGAAACCUCUUUACCCGCCUACUCAGAAGACAUGGUCAUUUCGUAUCCCCCGGCCUGACAUGUGACCCUGGCUAAAUUGGAUCAGUUCGUGGGGGCGUGGGGGUUGGGGUGGAUAAUUCUACCUCUGAAAGAAAAAGACAUUUUCCGGUCGCAAUUACAGACUAAAAGCGUCUAUAUCCUAGAUGAGGCACAGUAAGGCGUCGGAAUAAAUUAUUUGUCGCCCCAAAGGUAAGAUUAAACGAUUAAACAAUUGUCUAUACAUGGCGUGAUAUCUAAAAAGGUGAUUUAUGCAAAUCUCAAAGACAGAAGUGAUAGGACAACACAGCAGUUUUCAGACAGAUGUUCUUACUGACAGAGUUCUCAAGUCGGAAGCGAUGAAUACCUCCACUGAAAGCAAUUCUGUGUGUAUGUGUGUGUGUGUGUGCACUCGCUCUUUGAACAUAGUUUAUUCCUAACGAACAUGUCGACAGGUGUGUGUCUUAAGACUGUUCUUAACUGGACAAAGUGCCGAAGCGCAAAACUAACGAACUGCCUCAGAGUUGUAUUGACAAAUAGAACUGCAUUGGCAAACAAGUGAGGACUUCGCUCGGCAUAUACACCAAUGUUCCAAUGUCACAAACGCUCGCCCCCAAACCAUUGGUUCUCUGUCACCUUUAACACGAUUUUACCAAACUUGGUCAAACAUUGGGCGACAUUUGCCCAGUUAAGACGCGCCUUCACACAGACGCCUGAACAUCACAGGCUUUUGUGUCCCGGACUCUGGUAAUGCUAAUGGUGAGUGCACCGGGCGUCGGCCUUAAAGGACUUGAAGGAGGGGAAAAAGAUCUGUCUAAUGACUGAGCAAAGGUCAGUAGGUCAGUACAAGAUGUUACUUCCAUAAAAAUUUCACACUACAUAAGCGCCAACAAACGCCGCCAUGAUGGCAGGAUAUGCUAAUUAGCAGAUAUGUUUCCAGCUUUCUCAUUGGCUAAUCGCGUUUUUGUUGUCUGAUUUUGUACAGGAAUUUGGGGAAAUAAUGUCUUUCACUGAACUUUAACCAAUUAUUAGGAUAAAGUAUUUGCACCGCACAAGUCCUUUAAGGUAGCGUUGAGGUGCAGACAAAAUAAUGUAUAAUUAUUAGGAAGCCAAGUGCUUGACACUAAUGACCGCGCCUGUGUGCAUGUGAUGCUAACUUUUGGUUUCACGACAAGAAACUACAAUUUCAGCUCUCCUUUGACACUAUUUCAUCGCAUGUAAAAUGUCAUUAAAGAGCAAAAACAUAGUAUUUCGUGCAACUGAAAAUAUUUUUUUCAAGUUGUGAAAGGUGAUCAUACCACUUUUAUCAGCCAACUGCCUGAGAUACAAUGCACCACAUAAACCAGCUUUUAAGAUAGUUUUUGUUCAUCUCCGAAUAUUUACUUUAUAAUGUGCACACACUGGGAAAAAUUCUUCAUCACUAGCAGGUGGACGAUA